AUGCCGACACAUGUUGUUCUGAAGCCGAUCGGUUAUGGAAUAUGUGAGGAUGCAGUUCGGCCGUUCGGGGUUUUGCUCUGGAUUGAGCUGAGCGUUGUACCAUUUCCACGACCCCAAGGGCCCAGGCUUGGACGAUCUUCCGCUAGACGCGCAGACAGGGUACAGGAGGAAUGGAUCUGUCGCUUCAAGUCUUGCACGGCGACGUGUUUCGCUUGCUUCAUGGAGACAUCGGCGAUUGGCAAGUCGGGCCUGUUCGACACACAACAGCGAGCAUGUACUCGUCGACAUGCGGGCACAAGCCAUGCCGGGAACAGUGGCGAUGGCAGGCUCGUUGGCCAGACGAGGUCGCGUAACGAAAGCAGCACCCCACGAAUAGACGACGUCCUCGUAUGGACGGAAGAGCGCGCAACGAGUCUGUUGAUUGAUGGAGGUAUAUGGCCGAUGCUUGAGUGUAGAAUCCAGCAGACGAACCUAGUAUGGACGGCAUACGACAGUCAGUGCCUGAGAAACACGUCAUCUCGAACGAUUUGCAUCGCCCAUGCAGGUUAUGAGGGCAGCAAAGAGCAGGGUAUACGUUCAAACACGGAAACGCAGAAGCUCAUUGCCCGUCCCAUUCACGAAUACCUAAACGGUUCGAGUUCGAGUUCGAGUUCGAGUUCGAGUUCGAGUCGUAGCUCGGAUACAAAUGCGUCUGACGCCAAGGCCUUGCAUCCUUUGGACCCACCGGUGCGGUUCGGGUCUACCAGUCAUCCGACAACCUCGGCAGAUACCGGUACCGGUACUCCCAACAACGACACCAAAAGCAAGUCGCAAACAUCCAUUGGCGAAAGGCUUGGGGAUCGAAUGCAGACUGCACAAUUUUGUCGCCUCCACAAUCUUGAGCACAUCAUCCUUGAAGGCUCUGUGCCGUUGUGUGGUCUUAGGAUUGGCCUGUGGGCACAUCCACCUUUUCAAACCAAUGCAGGGGCAUCUGCCUAUCAAAACCGGACUGGAGCUGCCAACAAGGUUCAAGGUCGUCUCUUCAGCUUUUCAGACAUCAUCAAGGCGCAGCAUCCAUCAUACUCGCCAGGUUGGCUAAGAAGAUUCAACAGAGUCCACAUCUAG